AUGUCCAAGGACAAUUAUCGCAACUUGCACCGGACUCCUAUCUGCAUAGUAAUGCAUACAGAUGUCCGGGAACAAUCAUUAUCCAUUGACAUUUAUAGUGCAGGGAGGUGGGUGGCAGCCAUGCAUGUUGGUGAACGUGUACCCUCAAGCGCCCAGCUCAGCAUGGCUGCUCAUGUAGCCCUGUGGGGUGCACCAAUAAUCCCCUCCGUCUCUUUUGCUUGUGCGCAGGUGAUCGUGUACCCGACGGGCAACAACAUCCAGAAGCUGGGCGCCAUCGUCAUCUCGGUCAUGAUCUGGAUGGUGUCGCUCCUGCUGGCGAGCCCGCUCUUCAUCUUCCGCCACCUGCAGGUGCACGACAUCGUCGACAUGCAGAUCGUGUACUGCAACGAGCAGUGGCCCAUCAAGGAGGGGGGCGCCUACUACUCGCUCUUCUCGCUCAUCUUCCAGUACGUGUUCCCGAUCGUGAUCGUGACGCUGGCGUACUCGCGCAUUUGCAAGAAGCUGCGCUACCGGUACGUCAACUCGUCCGCGUCCAAGCGCAACACGGGCCUGCCCGUGCCCACGCACACCACGUCCACGACGGCGUCCUCGGGCUGCUGCGCGCCACCAGCCCCGGUCAAGGAGCAGGCGGCGCGCCCCAAGCCCAAGGACGACCGCCGGAUAAAGCGCACCAACGCGCUCUUCAUCUCGAUCGCCCUCAUCUUCGGCAUCAGCUGGCUGCCGCUCAACAUCUUCAACCUGACCAUGGACAUCAGCCACCUGUACCUGUCUUCAGGAGAAGACGGUGAUGCACAAGCCGACAGGCAGCCAGACUCGCUGUUCGGUGGCAACCGCCAGGCCAUGGUGGUGACGUACGCCCUGUGCCACAUGAUGGGCAUGUCGUCGGCCUGCACCAACCCGAUGCUCUACGGCUGGCUCAACGAGAACUUUCGCAAGGAGUUCCGCGAGAUCCUGAACGUAGUGUGCGCGCUCUGCUGCCUGUCCGGCCCCGCCGCCGUCGGUUCCGCUCCCGGGGCGAGCGCGGCUGGGGGCGGCGCCGCCUCCAACGGGUCGCGGCGGAGAGGCGGCGGCCUGCUCGGCGUCCGCCUGACGGGCAAGGGCGACGGCCCCGGCCAAGAGCUCACCAACGGCAGGGACAACAUGACGACGAGCCUAGUGCACGCCGAUGAGACGACGACGUUCACCAACGUCUUGUAGCGAAUGCGGCGUCAGCGUCACCGCAGCAGCCUCUGCGAGCAGCAGCAGCAGCAGAGGCUACUGGCGGCCGGCGCCUCCCCGCCGGGGCCUGCCUGCGAGCAGGAGAACCAGGUGUGAGGGCGGAGGCGGCAGCGGCCGGGCUCAGGGCCUAAGGGUGGUCAUGGUCUAAAGGCCUAAAGACCUGGUACUGUACGUGGGGAGGAGCCGUGGGACUCUUGCCCGCCCCCUGCUGGCAGGGUCGCACUUGUGGCGUUCGAGUCAGUUGGGCUGCCUACCCAGCAGGCGCUCCUCAUUCCACUCCUCAUGACAUACAAUCACCUCCACUCCACAAGCCUUUCGACGAGCCCAGGCCGCUUUAUGGUGACGCUGACGAUUGGUAAAAUACGAGACAAGAGUUAGUUGACGCAUAUUGUGCGCGCACAAAGGUCAAAAGUAGUGUGCGUUGAACUGACGAGGGAUUUUGAUGCUCAUAGGUUACGCGGAUCCAUUGACUGGACCAAGACUUUACUUUUAUUUUAUGGUAGUUAAAUGGAUCUUACUUUUGCGGAUGUUAAAUGUUCUAUUACGCGUAUUUAAAGCAUUAGAAAUAUUUUGUAGAUUUAAGGUUUACUUCAUAGGUCCAUUUCUAACUGUGUAACAUCUAGGUUUUUACUGUAGCCACUAAUUGUACUGAUUAGCUGAUUUUGAUAUUUUGUACGUAUUUCGUCCGUGAUCAAUAUGUAGAUUAACCCAUAGCUUACAGUUAUUCACUAAAAUAGAUACUCAAAACCAUCUAAAGUUUAGACUCAGGGGUCGCAAACUCGAGCUAUAUAAUCCGUUAGAAAAACCUACGAGAAAUGUCUUCAGUUUGCCCCGUGAAUUUGUCAUCAGGUCUACGACCGUAAUUUUCGAUUACGGUCUACUCCGCACGGGACGCGUACCGUAGCUUCGCAAUCUGACUUAUUGGUCCAUACCAGGUGGCUGAUUCACGCCACGCACUUUCGUAGUUAAACUGUACAGCAUGCACGCGUGCUGACGGGUCGCCUUAUCUUCUUUAAACUUCAAAAAGAGUUAUCACGACUGCUUGUUCGCACAGGACCAUAAGGAGCCGUGUGCUGCGAGGAUAUGCAAACCCACCCGCACCCGUGCAUGCAGUGCAGUAUAACAACGGAAGUGCGAGGCGUGAAUCAGCCACCUGGUACAGCACUUCACUUACACACUGAAGUACCAAAUAUGUACGGUCUCGAACGUACAUAAAAUACACGGGAUGGGCCGUAGUCAACCGUAAUUCCACUGAAAGUACUAAAGUCAGAUAUCUUGCUCUCAGCAGUGCGAGAUCAGUGACUCAAGAAAUAUCGCUCUCCUGAGAGCGAGGUAGCUGACUCUUACUCGAUUUGAGUCGUACGUUGCGGUCCUCACCUUUUGAGAGUGAGGUUCCCCAUUGCAAUGGCGCGAGGUUAAAGAGCCUUUAGCCUUUAGGCUCUUUAGGCGAGUUCAGGGAAAUCUUACUCCAGGUUUGCAGGUCCUAACGGUAUUUUUAACAGUGCGCCAAGCCGCACCAGCACAGGCACACGCCAUACGCCAUACGCCACACGGACUAUUCGAGCUCUUCGGCAAUAGAGUGAGAGAGACAGAGCUAGUGGUGUCGUCCGCCAGCCUGUGUGUCUGUCUUUGUCACUCCUAAUGGCACUCAAUGGGUGAGAGGAAGACAGACACACACAAUAUGGGCCAACCCGAGCAAACGCGAAGCCACGAGUUUGCGAGCUCUCGUUCAGAUAAAAACAAAACUAAACUUUUUAUACGAAAAUUUUAAAAGAAACACUGAAAGCGUCGAUUUGGAAAUGAGAAAGCGUAUUUUUGUAUGCAACGUGGAGUCAUGUAGUUGUAUAAAUAUACUGAGGAAAAUAUGUUACAUCGUAUUUUUCUCAAUCAAUAAUGUCGAAAGUUUCUAAUUGUUGACGAGUUGCUGUCUGUCUACCCAAAUUGUAAUCGAAUUAAGUCCCUAAACCGAAUACACUGCUGAACUGAACGUCGGAGUCUGAAAGGGGUCAAGUGUGGUCCAUGUUUUCGACUUUGUGGUUCGGCUCCCUUCUUACUUCCCGAGCGGCAGACGCAAUUCUUCAAGUGCGCCGGAAGGGCGGGCGGCGCUCGGGAGGCGCUGGGCCUGGCGGAGGGCCCUUGCCUCGGUGCAGCAGCCUACCGGGCCGGGCCCUUCGGUCGGCCGGGGGCCCUCCCACCUCCACGCCGCGCCACGCCCCGCCACGCCCCGCCCUGACACGCCCACCGCACCCCGACACCUAUCAAUCAAGCCGUCGCCGACAAGAAUGAUGGGCUUUGACGGAUGCGGGACAUGUCCGCUCGCAGGCGCGCAGCGCCGCCAGGAGGUGUCCGCCCGCCCGGCGGCGCGCCACGGCCCAGCGAGAGGGAGAGGAAGGGGAGGGACAUG